AUGGACAUGGUAGGCAAGAUGUUAGAGGAGAUGGCAAUGAGGAAUUUGAAACCUAAUGAAGUGACAUACACCACAAUCAUUGAUGGUCUGUGCAAGGCAGGCGAUCUUUCUAGAGCACAUUCACUCAUGAAUAAGAUGUUUGAUGAAGGCUUGUCUCCUGAUGCAGUCACUUGUAACUGUCUGAUUGAUGCCCACUGCAAACUUGGUGAAAUGGAUAAGGCCAUGACGGUUGGCAUUGCCCCAGAUGUUGUAAACUAUAACACAUUGAUUGAUUGUUUUUGCAAGGAAAACAAACUAGACAGGGCUUUCUCAAUGCUGAACGAGAUGAAAGCAAAGGGUUUGGUUCCAGACAUUAUCACAUAUAAUACAUUACUUGAUACCUUACGCCAUAGACAUGACCUUGAAAAAACACUUUUGUUGAUGGAUCAAAUGAAGAAAGAAGGCUGUGCUCCGAGUGAUGCAACUGUUCGGAUACUUGAUUGGCUGGUUGGUUCAGAUUCUUUAAUGGAGAAGAAUGUUUCUUCGGAUGACACUAAGGAUGGCUCGGUGAUUAAAAUUGUUGGAGUUCAGGAUGUUGUUGUCUCUUCUGCUAAGAAUGGUUUGUUGUCUCUUACCCCGUUUGUUGGAUCUUCUUCUUUGGUGGAUGACAUUCCCGCUACCCAGUUUGUUUUUGGACCUUUGUUUGAUCCUUCUGAUUCUCAAAUUUCUGCUAUCCCUGCCUCUCUGGAUGUUGCCUCUAUUCCUCCAGGUGGUGGGAGGUCCUCUAUUCUGGAGUCGUCUUCUUUGCAAAGGACUAUUGCUAGGGUUGAGGAGGGAUGA